AUGGCCAAGGAACUAAUAGUACUCUCGGCUGUCCUCUUCAUGAGCACUAGUUCAGCUGCAGGCAAUGAGAUCACAAAUCCUUAUCAUGGAGGUUGCUUACAAGCUCUGGUUCCCAAUUGGAGUGUUCCCAGAGUGUGCAACAGUGAUGAUAUUACUAGUACUGGUGGUGGUGGGAGUCAGCAUUGCCGAGUGCCCGACAUGGAAUAUCUGGAAAUCCGUACCUAUGUGGCCAACUGGGAGAGCAGCGUGAUUGUGGGGUGGCUGGUACAAAUCGUACUCAGCGAAAUGCUUGGGGUGCCCGCUACCAUUGAAGCGGGAAGCUACGGGGAAAUCAAAUCCUUUUACGAUCCUCUGUCCAGGCUCGAUUUCAUCACACACAAUAAUGCAACGGCUCUGGAAAUCGCAAAUACAAUGCCACAAAAGGAUUGUCGAUUGGCCGACAAAACAAAAGACAACUACCAACCAUGCGCCCACUUUUUGGCAGAAGCGUGGGAUACAGACAGCCCAUGGGUCAGAGAUCUGAUUGAUGAACGAAAAAUUGAUGCUCAAGUUCUAGGGGUCUUGGGAUUGGAAUCUUGGUUUGUCACUAAAUUCACUUCACAACAAGAUCCGACCAUUGUUUCCUACCAUGGACUCAUCGGGGAACCAAACAGACACAAACUUGCUGCCAUGUUCAAACGGCCCACCACAUGGGCUCACUAUUGCCAACAAAUCUCCACAAACAAUUGCACCAUUCCAGACCAAGUGGCUCAGAGACCUCCACACAAUGAACUAGAAGAGCAAUUCUACUUUGCUCCAGACAACUACACGGGACAUUUCAGAUUCACAGACCAAAACAAUUGCACAUUACAUCCAGAUUCUUGUACAGGGCACAUUGCCAAUUAUCCUUGCGGGUGGAGUGGACAUAUGGAACAAGUACUAUAUCAUCUCAAUAUUGCCAUGGAAUCCAAUGGACCAGAACCACACAAGGGAGGAUACUCCUAUUCACAGCUGGUACAACUUUGGAGGGCUGCCAAUGCCACAAAAAGCAAUCUAAUGAUGAUGUGGUGGACACCCGAACCACUCUACCAAGAAUUCUUUUUCACCGACAGUGCCAUGCAACGAGUCAUGCUCCCACCAGCCACACAACAAUGUCUCGAUGCACAUCCCACUUUUGAACAAGAAUGCGACCCCGAUCCAGCGGUACGAGUAGGUUCGCCAGACGGAGCUUGCGAUCACAAUCCCAUCAAUCUACACAAACUCCUCGGGAGUUCCUUGCACGAUAUUUCCAUGGCCGCGGACGAAGCCAAUCGCAAUCCCGCACAAGAAAUGCUGCGCGAUUUUCAACUCACCGAAUUGCAACUGGGAGAAAUAUUUGAACUCUGGCAGACGGAAUCCACACCGCAGGAUGCCGUGUGUAAAUGGGCCGCCAACAAUUUGGAUGUUUUAAAUGCCACGGUACCACCAUCCUAUCCACGUGUCCUGCAAGUGGAAAAUGAGUAUUCCUUCAUGUUUGCCCUCGUCGUGGCAAUGGGGAGUCUCGCCACAAUACUGGUGGUACUGACAACGGCCAUGGUCUACCGAUUUCGGCAUCGGGCAUCCAUCCGUCACGCACAACCUGGUUUUCUCUGGUUACUCCUAUGGGGCUGUUUACUGGUGGCCAUUGGAGCCAUUUUACGGGGAGUCCCAGCAACCCAUGGCACGUGUAUUGCCAGCACCUGGUUUGUCAAUAUCGGAUACAACUUUGAAUUGGUGCCUCUCAUUGUAAAAGUUGGCGCAAUCAACAGAAUGAUGGUCGCUGCGACGAAAAUGAGACGCAUCACGCUCUCCAUUGCAUCCCUCUACCAGGCAGUGGCUAUGAUUUGUAUGUGCUGCGUCCUCUACCUCUUUGUCUGGACGGGUUUGGAUCCUCCGCUCAAAGAAUCCGAGUACGCUCUCACCGAAUUGACAACCGACGCGGGGGAACGAAUUGUGUCUGUCAGCCAUUUUUGUGGAACAUCCUCUAGUGUUUGGCAGUACGUCUCGGUUGGAUGGAAUGCAGUCUUGCUAUUGUGCGCUUCGGUGCUCGCAUUUCAAUCGAGGAACGUCUCUGCCAGUUUCAACGAGUCCAGAACGCUGGCAUUUCUCUCUUACUCCCAUUUCAUGUUUGUCUGCCUACGAUGUGCUACGUACCUCUUGAAAGAUCAGCUGAACGGUACCACAACGGACAGUAUCCAAUCGUUGCUUUACAGCGUGGAUACCAUUGCCGCCGUCUUUAUCUACUUUCUUCCAAAGCUGAGAGUCGCUGAGACGAGCAUGCGGGGUUCGAUGGUUAAUGGAUCCACCAACUAUAUGGAUAAAUCAUUUGUCCGACAGUGGAUGGCGAUGGCAUCUCAAACCGGCACGGGUGCCUUUGAGGCGGCAUCAUCCUUCAUGACCAUUAUGAAUCAUGAAACAGAGGUUCGAAACGGCCGUGGCAGUGCCACUAUGGCCAGUAUGAACAGCGCUGUUGCACUCAAUGUCAGCCAGGCCGAGCUUGCCAUGAACGAAGAGGACGGAAUCAAUAGCACCAACCAUGGAUGCGCCAACCCAGAGGAAGCCGCCGUAGCAAAUUUCAAAAUGAACGAUCCGGAUGAUUCUGAUUCCGAGAUAGAAAUUUCCUUCCAUGUCGAAGAUAAUAAUCCAACGACAAUCAGCAUCAUUUGCCCCCGAUGCCAGGAAUCGGACAACACGGGAUCUGUAUCUACCCGAAAACGUGCUUCGUGGAGCCAACCGUCUAUGAAGAAACUGUUGAGCGAUUCCUUGAUAGAUUAG